AUGAACAAACUAUUGGUUUUAACACUGGUAAUUUCACUGCUCGCCGGAACAUUAAUCCAUUCGGGAGAAGCGCUUAUCCGUGCAGGGAGAAAUAUGGUUCCUUAUCCGCUCGAUGAAAGAGACACUGAAACUAUGUAUCACUUAUACAAUCGAGAAGAAAGUCCUCGAUAUUUCAAACGAGGUAAAUAAAAGAACAUUUUAGUCUCUAUGGUUGGCGAUCAUAGGGAGAUACCCUUCUGAUUAUUAAAAAAAUAGUGCUUGCAUUUUACCUAUUUCAUUACAAUAUUCCGCGCUAAGGCAGUCUGUCAGGCAGUCAGUAAGCCAUUCACUUCCAUCCAAUCAAUCAAUCAAUCAAUCAAUCAAUCAACAAAUCAACUAUUCUUACAUUUUUGUAGCAUUUUAGACACAUUGGGAGCCCUUAGACAUGAUGGCAAGAGGACAGGGGUAGAACUGGGUUUAAGACAUUUUGGUUGAUAAUACAGUUUCUCUUCCCCUUUUGUAGAAACAAUGGAAACAAGUUCAUUCGUACCUUCCUUGAUUCAUCCAGUCAAUCAAUCAAUCAAUCAUUUUUACAGGGUCCUUUGGCAUAAUUUAAUUAAGGGCUGAAUGUUUGGCUAAUAUCUUAUUUUCUUUUGAUCUAUUUCAGAUAGAAUGGAAAGGCGAGGAAUUAAAGCAUAAGCGCUAUACUGAAAACUCUAUAAAAAUCAUUUACAAAGAAAAGAGAAGAAUAGGAAAUUAAUCAGAAAGCAUUUAAUGCUUAGAUGAAGUAGUUAUUUAUAAUAGUUCAUGUAUUGGAUGACGAUAAAGCCAGAAAUAAAUUGAGUUGAUGUUAUCAUACCAAGCACUGACGAAAAUAAAACAUUUGAUGCGUGAGCUUAAUUAUAUUGAUUUGUUUUUACUUGUAAUUUUUGGUCUUCUUCGUUAUAAUCCAAAUGUACCUCCCUGAUCAAGACGCCCAGAUCAAAGAGAUCGACUCGAGUGUUGGUUGCCUAUCAUUGUGGCAGUUCAAUACACCAUUCGCGUGCCUGAAUGCGAGGCCUGAGUGACGUUGCUUUAGCUUUGCUUUAAUACAAACCCCUUUGCUUUGCUUUGCUUAUGGAAAUGUUGCUUAAAAAAAUAACUGCCAGCAAUUAAUAACAGAACUUAACAUAACAUAAUAAACCAGGAAGGGUAGAUGAAAACAAGGUCCAUACCAGUCUCGCUUCCAACAACAACUAUAAAAUUGGCUGCUGAACGUUAAGUGAAGACGCGUUAGUUAAAACGUUUAUUCUAAAUGCGAUUUUCAGCAAAGGUGGGGCGAACAUUUGGCCAAUGGCUAGACUAAGUUACUACGUUAUACGCACAGAAUACACUGCCGCAAAGACGGCAAAUUUGGAUGUCGGCAGGGUGGUGAUUUCUCCAGAGCUCAUGUUGUCGCCGUAAUGGUGAAAUUAAGAGAUCAAGUUAAAUUUCUGCUUUUAUCGCUUAUACAGCUAUUUCGAGAAAGGUUGUCGGAAAAAAAUGAGCACGCGACAUUCCCGAAAGGUAAUAUGGGAUAUGAUUAACACACUGUUCCUAACGACUGUAGCCGUCGAACCUACUUUUGUUGCUUUCCUUAAGAACUCGCAAACAUUUGUCCAUGGCCUCCGUGCCAUUCUUUCAAAUUUCUUUGAAGAACAGAACACUCAAACCACCCACAAUACCUUUCGGGAUUGUCGCGUGCACUUUUUCCGACAACCUUUCUCGAAUAGCUGUAUACUAAGGUGAAAUACUAAUGCUGAUAGGAGGCGGAGAAAAAUCAAAACACAACGCCUCACGCACCAUUGCUUCGGUAUAAUAUAAAUUGUUAGAUAGCCCUUUCACUGCCAAAUGUGGCCAAAGGCAAAUUUCGACCAAAUUUCCAAAUUUCAUUUUGUGAAAUUUGGACAAACAAAUAGCAUCAUGUGAAAGUACAGGCAGAGAGCUUUCAUUUGAAUGGUCACAUCAUAGGAUUUCGUCCACAGAAUCAAAAGGUAGAGUUACCUUACAAAACUCAAUCAAACACUCUGGCAGUGAAAGGGAUAAAAUACACGAUUUAUGAUUGACCAGAGUGCAUGGAGUUGACAAAAGGUUCAAAUACACAAGAACACAAAAGAAGGAAAAGGAAAAGUUGAAACAGGGAAACUUAUCAUAACAGCAGGAAAACUUAUCAUAAUACAACCGUCGACGAAUUUUCUUUUCAAAAUUUAAUGAAAUUUUUUUCUCACUUAGCCUUUUGGUGUGCGAAUGUUAUUUAAAAACACUUCUAAUAGCCGUUAAAUUAUUGAGUUUGUAUCAAACAAUUAAUGACUGGUUCUGAGGGAAACAGUUAAUUUUGUUUCCCUCGGAUCUCGCUGUUUCCCGAGGCCCCGAGUGACCAGUCUAUAAGUGAUUUGUUAUGUAGCUGGAAAUUCAUUAAACCUCACUGUAACGGCGGUCGUCGGUCAACUUUCGCGGGCAACAGUGCACUGUUACCCUCUGACGUCAUGGAUCUUGCAAUGUGCCCCGCGCAGAGAUUUUGGCGGGAAAUAGCUUCAUUGUUAGAUGUCAUGUAACCUUGAAGUAACUAAUGACAGCGCGCGCUGUUGGGAAAAAAUUUCCAGCUAUAUACCGUGAAAAUUCCGAAAAUAAGCCCCUCCAUGUAUAAGCCCUUCAAAUAUAAGCCCCCCAAACUCGUAACGCAAAAAAACCUCCGUUAAAUCGCCCCUCCAAAUAUAAGCCCCCCCCCCCCCCCCCCCCCGGGCGUCUUUUGAGAAAUCCCCCCCCCAAAAAAAAAACAAAAACGAAAAAAAAAAAAAAUUUAAUCCACAACAAAAGAACAACAAAAACACAAUCAAAAAAAACCUUCCCCCCAAAAACAUAAGAAGAGCACCCACCAAGACACGACAACCACCACAAGCUGUCCAAAUAUAAGCCCCCCCCCCCCACCCCCCAGGGGCUUGUACUUGGAAAUUGCCCUCAAAUCCAAAGUAAAGCAGAGCAAAAACGGUAAAUUUCCUUCCAACUGAAAGGCUAGCCCAAUCGAUUUUGAAACGCAAAUUUCCCUCCAUAGAUAGGCCCCUCCGAAUAUGAGCCCCUCCAAAAAUAAGCCACUCAAAAAGAGCCUUUGAAAAAUAUAAGCCCCGGGGCUUAUUUUCGGAAUUUUACGGUAACAUAAAAGGUUGAUGUCAUGAAUGAUAUUAAUCAUCGUGGAUAAUGUGUAUAAAAGGUUUAGUUUAUCGUUUGUCUCACGAUUGUCACUUGGAUAUUGAUCGCGACGUUUCGACCGCACACAACAGGUCUUCAUCAGGCGAUAGUGUCGAUUUGCUGAGUCGGACUAUUUGUACCACCGUGGUUGCCCAAUAAGACCGGGCAUUAUCCGCUCUGGGACGAAGUUAAGUUUAUUGACCGAGACCCUAACUGCUACUCUCGUAGAGUUAAAGAGGCUAUUCACAUAAGACUUCAACGUAACAACAUCAACAGGGACAGUGGAAUUGAAAUUCCUGAAGCAUAGAUGCCUACAAUCAGACAACAUAACAGCCAAUCGCUACCACAACGGAUCGCUGAGGGAUCAGUUUUCUCCUCUGAUACUACCAACAAUGCUUUGGAUCGAAACCCGCCACCCAUGAGCGAGGUUCGUGAUACACCAAUCACAAACAACCACGGUGGUACAAAUAGUCCGACUCAGCAAAUCGACACUAUCACCUGAUGAAGAACUGCAUUGAGUGGUCGAAAUGUCGUGAUCAAUAUCAAAGUGACAAUCGUGAAGACAAACGAUAAACUAAACCCUUUAUACACAUUACAGGUUGUCACAUUGCUAAGACCUUUGACGCCAGCCAAGAUGGCCGCCUAGUUGACCGCCAUCUUGGAUUUUUCUGAGAAUUCCGUCAGUUUAUAGAGCGAUUUUUUUUUCAGGAAUUUUUUCAAGUCCAGUUAAAAUUGACUAAAUAUCAAUUCUCAUUGAUUUCCAUCCCACUUAACAACUUUCUUAUAUGAUUACGUAAAACAUGGCGUUUCCAAGAUGUCGUCCACUUGGAAUUAGAUAACGUCCCAUAGCUUCAUGAAAUACCUGCGCUUAGACAUUUCCUGGGGUGUUAGAUAUCCUCAAGAUCCUGUCAUAGCUUAUUGCUAGGGGCAAGUGGAAUGAAACACCGGUCUCACCCUUCCCCCAGGCAAAACGAGCCCAAAAGGAACAAACUUGUCCGGACUCUAAUUUCGCAAAUUCUGAAAAGCAAAAUGAUCAAUAACUGAAGAAAAACGAAGAUAUUCAAGAUAAUGCGCGUUCAUCUAAAUUUACUUUCCCGACAAGUACUGAUUGUAUUUUCCAUACCGUUUUAUAAAAGUUCACCGUUUAAAGAUUUCAUUUCGCUUUUAACAAGGUCGAAAUAUUAUUUGUGAAUGCCGAGAAGCGAGAAACCCUAAAAAUCCUUCUGAACUUGAAGUUGUAAAAAGAGAAGAUAGGUAUAAACCAAAAAUAACAGAAUAUGCCAGUUUUCAAUGGAUUGGACUCACGACCUGUGGAUUGGAGAUCUUAAUUAGAUCCUACGCAGCGUAUAAUCUAGAGCAAAACCAGUCAAAGUAAAAGCGGCUAAAUAUAGUACUUCCUCGUGAUGUAAUUUACCACGCUGUCAUUGUAGUUCGCACUUUGAACCCAAAGAGAGGAAAUUCUAAAUGUAACUGCUUGACCAAUAGCUACUGAGUUCUUAUUAUGGUGUACAAAUUGUUUCGAACUUUAAUUUUGCAUCGGUGAAUGAGUUACCAUUUAAGACAAAAGCGACCGAUAAAUUUAAAUUACUUUCCUGUGGACGUUUGAUGAAAUUAGUUCUAUUGUAAGCAGUUUUUCUCAUACAAAUGAAAUCUUAAACUGAUAUCGCCUAGAUCUUUUGACCAAAGUAAAAAUUCAGAACGGCUGCUGACACAUUUUGCUAUUCCAAUCCUGAGAAUUAACGGGCUUUUAAUCAAGAAAGACGGUUAUCUUAGCCUUGAAAAGACAAACAGCACGUCUUUAACUCUUCACACAGCUUUUCGUCGACGCUAUUCGCUAAACCGGUUCCGCGUCACGCAUGACGCACAGAUAUAACCACACGAUUGAUGUAACAAAUAAAGCUUCCGUAAUCGCGAAAGCUUCAAAGGAUCUCAUAAAGAUCUCGUAAAGCCCGAUAAAAAUCUCGAGAAUACGAAAUGAACGUCAGAACACGAUCGAUAUUAUUAAUUACUUAAAAAAAGUCAUUCAUAAGCGACACUUCAAGUUAAUUUCACCUUUUGUGUGAAAAUUUGUUUCCUCGAAUCUUCCCUAAUCUUAUCUCUAAGAACACGCUAAUGUUUUUUGCUGACCGAAAAUUAAGUGGAUUAGCUUUAUCUUUUUUCAUUUUGCAAAUGUAGUUUGUUAACGCAUAUACAAAAAAAGGAACUUAAAUAGAGCUUCGAGAGAAGCCGAAAUGUUUUUAAUUUUUUCUUUCUCCUAAUCCCACGCGUUUUAUGUUUAAUACAUCUUAAACCAGAAGUUUUAUGUUUUGAAGGAUACUUUCUCCGAAGAACUCUCCGAAUCUCACGGAAAUCUGGUGAUACAGGUAUAAUCGUCUAUUAUUUAUCGAAAGAUCCUUCCUUUUUAAAAUCGACAUCAUCAGGUGGCUUUCCUUUCGUUUAGCUGAAAACCCACUUCUUGAUAAACGAAAGUGCUAGACUAGGGUUGUUCUUCGCACUGGACUCGUGGGCACAGAAUCCUCGCUUUGGCGGAGUGUAAAAUCUACAGAUCAUCGAUAACUAACUUUCCUCGACUUCAGCUGAAAUUAGAAAUCUUUUGUAUUCUUAUCAACCUAGGCAAUAAUCCUUCACUAAUGCAUCCGCUUACUUGAUUGAAAGUUAUGAAUUGUAUCUGCCUAUAAAUUAUCUAGCAGGGCAUCUCACCGACUUAACAUAAACGUCCCUGGAAGAAGUCGUAAAAAAAAACAAAAGAAAGAAGAUUCAGGUAGGGAUUUUUUUCUAGCUGCUAGAUAUUUUAGUAAAUUACUUUAACUUUUUAAACGAUGGCGCAUUUAAAGUAUUCGUCCCGUGCAGUUAGGAUCAGGCGUUGCCUCUGGCUCCUUUUCAUCCUCAGAAUCGUCUGUUUACAAAUCAAAACCAUCGUUUUCACCAUUAUUUAAGCAAGGCAAGUUUUGAUAUUUAGAAUUGGUGUAACGCACAACGUUGAAGCAAGGAUAACUACCAAAAUAAUUGUUACCAUUUUUUAUACGCGGUUUUGGGAUGAUAAUGUAAAGAUAUGCCACGUUUUAGCUGGGUUAUAGAUCACUUUGAAAUUGUAAAUUCUUCCUGCAAAGCAAGUACGAAGAAUAAUUCUGAACUGAAUCAGUUUAAUUUCAUGUCCAGUCAAAUUGUUCCAUCUCACUACAUGUUAAUUUAUCUACUUUCUCAAGAGCGUAAUUUUAAAAGAUGACACAAGAACUAAAUUAUCUUUGUUAAUUAUCUGUUUUAAUAACCGACGCUAGGUCGGUAAUUAUUGAUUGACGUUUGCUUUCGAAGAUCUCUUUCACCCCUACAGCGAAUUAUUACUUGCUCCAAUUAGAAAAGAAAAACUUGUACUAGAGCAAAACUUCAUCGAACUGUAGAAUGCACCGCUAAUUAAAUCUAUCUCUUUAAUUGAACAGAACUUGAAAAAAAGAAUCUACGAUUAAACUUGACGCUAAAGUGCAGACGGAUAGUAAUUUUAAUGAGCACGGAUACUUAUUAUUCUCAGAGUAGUAUAUAAAUUGCAUUUGACACAAAUGAGUCCGUUUAAAUAGAAAAGAUCAGUGCUGAAGUAUCUGUCAACUUUAAGGUAAAGGUUACUACGUCUGUUAUUUCGCUAGAAACGUGUUAGUAACACUGGAAGAUGGUAGGACCAGUAGUCUUUUUUGUAGUUGGUUUCUUUUCCUUUGUUCUUCAUUUAUUUAUAGCUUUGUUUAUUAAACAAGAAGAAAAACUGAAAGAAAUCUGAAAAGCCUUAAAAGAUUAGACUACUUGAGAAGCUCCUAAAUGUAGUCAAAACUGAGAAGACGAAUUCUCGAAAAUUAACAUACUUUUAAGUCGGAAAAAAGAAAGAAAGCAAAAGGGAAAGAAGAAAAAGAAAAAGCAAAAAUAAGAAAGGCAAAAAUCAUUUUACAGUUUGAGAAAAAGCGACAAGGAGAAUGGGGAAGGAAAAAGGCUGCCAACUGAAUGAUCUUAGACGGUGGCUCUUAAUUCAUAACCACCAUGCACAACAUGCAUAUUUUGGAAGGACAAAGAACAAAGAUGGAUACGGCCACUAAAACGUCAAAAAGCUUGAGGUCAAAUAAGGAAAACAACCAUUUUCUAUGCGCAGCACACUUUUUCUUGGUGCCAGAUUUAUGUCCUUUUUUUUAUUUCUUAAUUAAUAAUAAUAAUAAUAAUAAUAAUAAUAAUAAUAAUAUAUUUUUUUAAUUUUGAGGACGUAAACGAAACGAAGACGAUUUUUCUUGCUCUUUCGUAUUUAGAUGCGUUAGCUAAGAUUUAAAAUCCAGGACAAAUAGUGCGAGUUGGCAGCAAAACUAGAGAUUAAGUUUAACGGCACAGUAUCGUGCUCCGGAAGAGACGUUUACGCUACCGUUGCUGUGGAGGUUGUUACCCUCUCUAACCAGAACUGGGUAUCAUUAAAGGCACCGGAAAGUACUGUUAGAUGUAACAACCAGUUGUAUUCCAGACUGUUGAGAUUCUCUAAAAUUUUUAAAGGAGCUGUGUCAGGUUGUCUAGUUCAUUUUGUUAAUUAUACCAAUUGCGCAUAAUUAUGCAUUUUUUUAAUUAUGCCAGUUGCGCGUCCUUGUUUGCUAAACUUCACGGGACUUGAGAAAUUACUUGUAAUUGGGAAAAUCACAGUUUCGUGUCAAGGAAAAUAUGUCGCCCAAGCAGUACAUCGUUACAAACGACAAAAAUGAACUUUGAAAACCUCUUAGGCUAACAAGGGUUCAAAACCACCAUUGAAAUCCGUUUCAGUCUUCUUUAAGUUUUUCCAUCCGUGCUUCCUUUUGUAUUUGCUGUGUUACUUGCGUAUAUCAGUUCGUUUCAUUUUUUGAGAAGUUGAGAAUUUGUAUUUUAUUUGCUACACAUAACACGAUUACGUUUAUAAAAAGAUACAAAAAAAUGUAGGAAGAAAUGGAAAAGAUGCCUAAAGGAAACUAUAAACGGCUUGUGUUGAUUAGGCCUCCUCAAUUACAAUUUUUCAAAGAUGGCCUUAAAACUACGGAGACGGAAACGGCCGCCAUAAAUAUGCAAGUUAUUUUUGUUUCAAUCUGUGCAUGUUUGGUAGCGGUUCCUGUUUGAAUUUUGAUAAAAUUCGUAGCACGGCUCCUUUAAACAGCAAACAUCAGACGGCCAUUUUCAUUUUCAAUCACUGAAUAUCCCUUUUGUAUCUUUAAACAGGUGCACAGAAUUCAUCGAUCAUGAAAGCCCUAGUAUCUGCCCUCGUCAUUCUAACUGUAAUGGCUGCCGUUGUAGAAAAAAGUGAAUCAUUUAUUCGGGCUGGACGAGGAAUGAUUUAUAAUCAGGGAAUGCAAUUGCCUCAAAAUGUUGAUCUUCCUGAAAAUUAUGAAGAAUAUUUCUCCAAAUACAUCGAUGCCAAGCGCGCAGAACAAAUGAGCUCAAACAGAGGUUAG